UUGUGUGUGGUUGGGUUUCGGGGUAAAAACGUUACUGGAUGUCUUUUCUAGCCGGGCGAUCAACUUUGUGAUGAUCAUCAGUACCCAAAGUCGUAGUUCGACUUCAUUCAUCCAUCAUAUACCUUCUGGUAAACUGUGAAAGUAUCCUAUUGGCCUUAAAUUGAUCGUGUUGCUUGGGUAAGUGUACGAUUUAAGGAUAACUGACGAAACAAUUUGGUUUGAUGUUAGCUGCUUCUAAAAGUGGAUGCACAUAAAAUCGUUGGUGCUCUUUAUAAAUUUACGACGAUUAACAAUAAAUCCACCUUAAAAUACGAGAAAUGGGGAAGGAUUAUUACAAAACCCUUGGUAUACCAAGAGGAUCGACAGAUGAAGAUGUUAAAAAGGCCUACCGGAAACUUGCUCUAAAAUAUCAUCCCGACAAGAACAAAUCACCAGGAGCAGAAGAGAAGUUCAAAGAAGUGGCUGAAGCAUACGAGGUGCUGUCGGACAAAAAGAAACGUGAAAUGUAUGAUAAGUACGGCGAAGAAGGAUUGAAAGGACGUGCAUCAAAUGGUACGACAAAUUCGUCACAAAACUUUAGCUACGAAUUCCACGGUGAUCCUCGUGCAACAUUUGCCCAGUUUUUUGGCUCCAACAAUCCAUUUGGUUCCUUCUUUGACAUGCACAACGACAGUCUAUUCAACAGUAGUAUUUUUAAUGACGAUGACUUCUUCACGCCCUUAAGUGGCUUAGGUAACAGGCAUGGAUUAGGAGGUGCAUUUAGGUCACAUUCCUUCAACGUUCAUUCACCGCUAAAGAAAGAAAAAAUUCAGGACCCUCCUAUCGAACACGAUCUGUACGUAACAUUGGAGGAGAUUUAUCACGGCUGUGUAAAGAAGAUGAAGAUUUCUCGGCGAGUCAUGCAACCAGACGGUACCCCGAAAAAAGAAGAUAAAUGCGUCAGCAUAUCAAUCAAACCGGGCUGGAAGUCAGGUACGAAAGUAACCUUCCAGAAAGAGGGUGAUCAAACGAAGGGUAAAAUACCAGCUGACAUCGUAUUCAUCAUACGCGACAAGCCUCACGUAUGGUUUCGGCGUGAAGGAAGCGAUCUUCGAUAUACCGCUCGAUUAACUCUGAAACAGGCUCUCUGUGGCGUAAUAUUCGAAGUACCUACAAUGACUGGUGAAAAGUUGCGCAUAAGUACAAAACAAGAAAUCAUCAAACCUAACACUGUGAAGCGCAUUCAAGGAUAUGGGCUACCGUUUCCAAAAGAACCAUCUAGGAAGGGCGAUCUGCUUGUAGCAUUCGAUAUCAAGUUUCCGGAUAAGCUUAGUUCAUCCGAAAAAGAAGUACUUAACGAUAUGCUACCCAACGCAUAGUACCGAAAUCUAAGCAACAGAGCCAUAAACCAUUUUAAAUUUUUUUUUUUUGCAAAUUUUCAUAUAUAGACUAACACUACUGCUUAAAAAGUGGUUCGUAAAGGACAAUUAUAUUUGGUAUCGAUACUUCAUUAGUGAUGGAAAAAAACAAAUUCAUUUGUACAUAGUUUCUCUCCGACAUUAAAUGGUAUUUGAAUUUUGUUUUGAACAAUAAUCUACAACCUUUUUUAAAAUAUAAUACAGACAGAAUACUAUAUCUGCUCUGUAUGCAAUAGAUACCACAUUAUAUGUCGAUUAUUUUUCAAGUAUAUCGAUAUGAAUCGGUAAGAACCUUGCUAACUACAUCGGCAUUUUUGAGCUGUGUGAGUGUUGAAAAAUCUCAGCUAAAAUA